CUCCUACGGCAAGUCGGAGGCAGCAAGAUGGCGGCCGCUGAAGAAGGUUGCGAUGUUGGGGUCGAAGCGGACCGGGAACUGGAGGAGCUUCUGGAAAGUGCUCUUGAUGAUUUCGAUAAAGCCAAACCCUCCCCAGCACCCCCUCCUACCACCUCGGCCCCUGAUGCUUCAGGGCCCCAGAAGAGAUCGCCAGGAGACACUGCCAAAGUAUAAAUCCCACCCCCUUAAGGGAGGGGGGUUGGGCAUGCAGGAUGCCCUCUUCGCCUCCCAAGAGAAAUUUUUCCAGGAACUGUUCGAUAGUGAGUUGGCGUCCCAAGCCACUGCAGAGUUUGAGAAGGCUAUGAAGGAGCUGGCUGAAGAAGAGCCCCACCUGGUGGAACAGUUCCAGAAGCUCUCAGAGGCAGCUGGGAGAGUGGGCAGUGAUGCAAACUCUCAACAAGAAUUUACUUCUUGCCUAAAGGAGACAUUAAGUGGGCUAGCCAAAAAUGCCACUGACCUUCAGAACUCGGGCAUGUCUGAAGAGGAACUGACCAAAGCCAUGGAAGGGCUGGGCAUGGAUGAAGGGGAUGGGGAAGGGAACAUCCUCCCCAUCAUGCAGAGCAUCAUGCAGAAUCUACUGUCUAAGGACGUACUGUACCCAUCCCUGAAGGAGAUCACAGAAAAGUACCCAGAGUGGCUGCAGAGUCACCAGGAGUCUAUCCCUCCAGAGCAGUUUGAGAAGUACCAGGAGCAGCACAGAGUCAUGGGCAAAAUAUGUGAGCAGUUUGAGGCAGAGACUCCCACAGACAGCGAGGCUACUCACAGGGCUCGUUUUGAGACAGUGCUAGAUCUCAUGCAGCAGUUACAGGACUUGGGCCAUCCUCCAAAAGAGCUGGCUGGGGAGAUGCCUCCUGGCCUCAACUUUGACCUGGAUACCCUCAAUCUAUCGGGCCCACCAGGUGCCAAUGGCGAACAGUGUCUGAUCAUGUGAAACACAGCACGUUUUCCUCCCUGAUUCCCAGACAUGGGGAACAUCUGGAGUCAGCAGAGCCAUUGGGAACUGAGGCAGGAGUAUUGUCUCUGGGAGCUGGCUGCCCACUCUCUACAUCCCAUUCAAGACUGUGCCAUACCAGCCACGGAUCUGUUCUGCAGGCCAUUUCUAUGAACCUUACUCCAUCAUGUGUUCUGCUGUUAGAAACAGGCCAGUUCAUUGCCAGGUGGAGGAAGGCAACCCUUUGGGGGCAUUUCACUUCUUCCCAUUCCCUCCAAAAAUGUUAUAGAUGGCUGUACUCAUGUUCCCCUUUCCGCCCAGGGAUUCCGUGCCUUGUUUCUACUCCCUCUCUUGGAUCUGGGGAGCAGGAGCUGAGUCCUAAGACUUCCUGUUUCUGUUAGGCAGGGCCUCUGGGAAUGAGGAGAUUUGUCGAUUGCCCUGGGGCUGCAGAUUUGUCAGCACAUCUCCUUGCUUUCCUUUUGAACUCUCUGAGGGAAAGGAAUUUCGCACUUACCUGUGGUCAGGUUAAAAGAGAAGCCCUUGGCUUCUCCUGUCCCUAGGUGCUUGUGCCCUUGAUUCUCCUUUCUUCCUGAGGACUCUAGUGCUACCUUGGUUCUUUCAACAACUCUGGUCUGGGUGAACCCAGCUCUUGACCUUCCUUGACCCCUUGACUGUCCUCUUACCUCCUGUGUUAGUCUUAUCUACUGCAGCCCUCUGAACCAUGUGAUUGAUGGAAGCGAAUCUUGUUUCCUUUCCUCUACUCCAGGACCAUUCUCACUAGACCCCUCCCUUCCCUGGCCAAAAACACACAACUACAGUGCCAGAGCUGAUAAAUACAUUCUGGCUUGCUUGAGACAUCAGAUUCCCUAGAAUCCUUGGUUCAGGAAGGUGCUUGGGAAAGGGGUGCAGCCUGAGUCUUUUCCUGCAAGCCCCAGGGGACAGUAUCUAAUAAAUACUCUGAGUACAUGUGUGGGUUAUUUUUCAUCCAGGUCUGUUUCUAAUCUUCCUGAGCUUCUAUAUGCUGCAGAGUGGGAAGUGUUAGGAGAUAGUUCUGUGUAAUGUUGUGCUAGGUUCUACCAUGACCUCGCCCUCCAGCUCAGGCUGCCCUUCCUUUGGUAAAAGGAUACUGUCUUUAUCUCCUUGGUAUUUCAGUCUUAACUUCUAAUAUUAUAAUAUUAUAAUUGAUGUUAAUGAUAUAUUGUUAACAUGUUUUCUAAAUUACCUAGGUUUAAAUUGACCUCAGUAGGUCCAAGGACCAUGGUUUGCCAUAUAUUUUAUGGAUAUUCAUUUCAGCCCAUCUAGCUGUCUAGUUCACGUGGAAAAUAACUUUUAAAAUAUAUAAUUAUUAAUUUAUUCUUUGAGAAUUUUAUACAUGUAUACAAUGUAUUUUGAUCAUAACCACCCCCCUGGAAAUUAACUUUUGCAAGAACAAAUUCACAUUUAUCGUU